AUGGAUUUAAAAUACUGUUUUAUAUUACUGUUUGGUAUCAUAAAUGAGGUACUACAAGUCUCAGGAAUUGCACCUAAAGGUCAUCCUAGAGAGAUGAAAACAAAAUCAGUGGAAAAAAAUCUUAUCAGAAUGUUAUUAAAUCGAUAUGAACAAUUUGGUGUAAUUGGACGACCAGUAAAUGACAGCAAAAUUAAAGUUGAUGUUCGUUAUGGAUUACAACUUUUCCAAAUUUUGGAUUUAGAUGAAAAUAAACAAAUUUUACGAACUAAUUGUUGGUCGAUGUAUAAAUGGACAGAUUCUCUUCUUCGUUGGAAUGAAAGUGAUUACGGAAAUAUCAAAACAGUUCGAAUAUUCCCUUCACAGAUUUGGACGCCGGAUAUCAAACUGUAUAAUUUUGCUGAUGAACGCUUACGUGAACACAGAGAUGCUCGUGUUGUAGUGUCAAGUAACGGAGAAAUGUUAUGGGUUCCACAAGCACUGUUUAAAAGUACAUGUGAAGUUGAAAUCACAUAUUUCCCGUUCGAUACACAAAUAUGUAUGCUAGAAUUCGGAUCUUGGACGUACGAUAAAACACAAAUGGACAUAUCAUGGUGGAUUCCAGAUUCACCUCCCAUAGAAGAAAUGCCAUAUUUAGACUUCUCAGAUUACGUACCAAGUAAUGAAUGGCGCACUGAUGGCGAGAAAGAACGUGAAGUACACCAUGUCAACCGUACUAUACAAAUUCGAUCAGUUAAGAAACAUCGACGUCGAAGUCAAACUGUUGGUAACGAAGUGAUCACAAGAGAAUAUCCAGUUUUACGAUAUUUAAUACGUUUGAGAAGGAACCCGAGUUUUUAUGUAUUCAUGUUAGUGAUUCCAUGUGUGUUGUUAUCAUCUUUAACAUUGGUUGUAUUUUGGUUGCCUCCAGAAUCUCCAGCAAAAAUGAUGCUUGGUAUGAAUAUAUUUGUUGCAUUUUUCGUUUUACUCUUACUGUUGGCUGAGUCAACACCUAGUGCUGUGAAAAAUUUCCCACUAAUUGGAGUGUAUUUUUGUUUGAAUAUGAUUAUGAUCACACUGUCCACUUUCUUGGCAACUUUGGUGAUUCACCUUUAUUUUCGAGGCGAUCGUAAUGGAUCAGUUCCAUACGUUUUGAGAAGAAUUAUUAUAGAGGGUAUUGGACGACUCACAUUAGUACGGCAGCGAAUUCCUCUACCAGAAAUGAAAAAACCAAUUAGGCCGGCAAUAAUAAAACCUCACAAGAAGAUUCAAAUUCCAGGUAUGUCACCCAAUAAAAUUCCAACAAAUGAAGAAACAUACUGUGAGAAUGAACGUAUUAGACAUUUUGGAGGUGGGGCAUUUCAACAAUGCAAUAUGAUUGGUAGUAAUUUUUUGUAUGGAGAAGAACAAUUAGGAGGAGCUGCUAGUAAUUGGUUUGCUCCAGAUGAACGUCGUUCUGUCCCAAGAUACCCUAAUCAAUUCGAUUCUUAUCCAAUGGCCACACCAAUCAAUAAUAUACCUCAUAUACCGGGAAGUGCAGGAAAAUCAUCAGAAAAUGAGCCAGAUAAUGCAGUUAAUCAUGAUGAAUCACCAUCAGUUCUAAGUUCAACCACUACACUGGAGCGUGAUGUGAGAGAGUUGAAAAAAUAUGUCAAAAUGUUAGUUAACCGACAAAAGGAAACAGCUCGUAAAAGUUUAGUGGCUAUGGAAUGGCGCACUUUGGCUAUUGUCUUGGAUCGUUUAUUUUUCUUUAUUUACAUUACCACCAUAGUAAUUGCAGUAGUUGUUUCAGUACCACGAAGUACUGAACCAGAAGUUCCACCAGCAUUUCGCGAUGAUUAA